AUGAUGGUUGCGCUCAAACUGCUGCCUCUGGCAACGUUUACUCUAUCACUCGCCGACAGCAUUGCGCCGCUUGAACCUGUGAACCAGCUCCCCAUUGGUCCGCAGCUACAGAUCUCCCAUCCGGCAGCGACUCGUCCUAACAUUAUUUUCGUGCUUACGGAUGAUCAGGACCUGCACAUGCAGUCUUUGAACUACAUGCACCAUGUCCAGAGGCAUCUGAUUGAUCAAGGAACCUCCUUCAGCCGUCACUUUUGUACCACCGCUUUGUGCUGCCCAUCCAGAGUGACUUUAUGGACCGGUAAAGCAGCGCACAACACAAACGUUACUAACGUCAACCCGCCAUAUGGAGGGUAUCCCAAGUUCUUGAGCCAAGGCUUUAAUAACAAUUAUUUGCCAAUUUGGCUGCAGGAAGCAGGGUACAAUACCUACUAUACCGGUAAAUUAUUCAAUGCUCACUCUGUUAACAACUAUAAUUCGCCUCAUGCAGCCGGAUGGACUUCCUCGGACUUCCUGCUGGAUCCAUUCACGUAUUGGUAUAUGAACAGCACAUAUCAAAGAAACAGAGACCCACCUGUCAGUUACGAAGGAAGACAUAGCGUAGAGGUGUUGACGGAGAAGGCUUUGGGGCUUCUUGACGAAGCGGUCGAAAGUGGUAAUCCAUUCUUCCUAGGAGUGGCCCCGGUUGCGCCUCAUGCAAACAUUUGGGCCCCUGGUUUUGUGGAUGGGAACCAUACCGACAUACGGGAUGUAAUAUUUGGCGUCCCUGUUCCUGAAGAAAAGCAUUCGAAGUUGUUCAAUGACGCCAAAGUGCCUCGGACUGAGAACUUCAACCCGAAUCAGCCAUCAGGGGCAAGCUGGAUCAGAAAAUUGCCAAAGCAAAGUCAGGAGAAUGUCGAAUACAAUGAUCAUUUCUACCGGCAACGCUUGAGAGCCCUUCAAAGCGUUGAUGAUCUUGUCGAUGGACUGGUGAAACGCUUGGAAAGACAUGGCAUACUCGAAAAUACUUACAUCAUCUACACAACCGACAACGGGUACCACAUUGGCCAGCAUAGGCUUCAGCCGGCAAAACAAUGCAGUUUUGAGGAAGAUAUAAAUAUCCCCAUGAUAAUCCGCGGACCUGGCGUCCCAAAGAAUGCAGUAACGGAUAUUGUCACGACACACACUGACUUCGCUCCGACUUUAUUAAAAAUUGCUGGAGCACCUCUUAGGGAUGACUUUGACGGGCUGGCAAUACCUCUGACCAGUUAUGGCCUAGAACAAGCCACUAAAAGCAGGCAUGAGCAUGUGACUGUCGAACAUUGGGGCUUCGCUUCCAAUGAAGGCACAUUGUUCGAGGGUUGGCAAAGGCUGUAUUGGAAUAACACAUACAAAGCUCUGAGGGUAAUAAGCAGUUCGUAUGAUCUCCAUUAUCAAGUUUGGUGCAAUAACGAUCACGAACUGUAUGAUUUGAAGACCGAUCCUGGCCAAAUGAGAAACCUCCUAGACCAGGAAGAAACCACGUCUACCAAAUUACUUGGAGUGCCUCUUGAAAGAGUUGUAGCUCGCUUAGACUCUCUACUCUUUGUUCUGAAGUCCUGCAAGGCUGGAACUUGCACUCGCCCAUGGGAGGCGUUGCAUCCAGCCGGGAGUGUGGAGACUUUGAAGGAGGCUCUUUCUCCCCGUUUUGAUGUGUUUUAUGCCGAAAAGCGUCAGAAUAUCGUCUUCGAUAGCACCAUUUCGAAUAAUGUUGAAGUUCAACAACUAGCAUUAGAUCCUUCGGCAGUGGUAUUCAAUAUGAGCUUCAGCAUCCUACAAACUAACCUCCCUCCGGUCGUACUUAGCCGCCUGUUCAUCACCUCAGCAGCACCGCAUGUCGUUUUGUAA